AUGGAAUCGGAUGCUGGAGCAGCAUUAAUUAACAACAGUUCAAUUUUACAAGAGGUAGGACUGAAGGUGCGAGUAGUGAUUGGCGACGAUGAUAGUAGUACAAUGUGUGCAGUAAAAAAAGGAAAUUUUGAAACUGUACACAAGCUUUCGGAUAAAAAUCACUUAAGUAAAAAUUUUGGUAAAGAUUUAUACGAACUAUCUAAUUCUUGUAAAGAGUUAAAACGAAAAGGUGUUAUCGAUCACUUAAAAAAAUGUUUUUCAUAUGCCGUCGCACAAAAUAGGGGAAAGAGCAAAGAGUUGGCUAAUGUUUUACGCAGUAUUCCUGACCAUGUAUUCGGAAAUCACAAGAAUUGUGGCGACUGGUGUUCACGCGGUGAUAAAUCACAAGAUCAGACAAUUAUACUGACAGGAGAUACUUUGAAAAAAAAAUUAAAAGAUGUUUUUUGUAAAUAUGCUGAUAACUCCAGUAAAUUCUGCGUAGCUGCAUCAAGCCAAAGGAAUGAAAGCGUUAAUAAUAUAAUUGCACAUAAAUUGCCAAAAAAUAUUUGCUACAGCAAAAGUGCUUCAGCUGAUUGCAGAGUGGCUAGUGCAGUUUCUGCCAAAAAUGAUGGAGAGUCAAGUCUGUUAGAUAUUACUAAUAAUCUCAAUAUUAAGCCCGGUACAUUCACGAAGUCGUAUGUCUCAAAAGCAGAUAAAAUUAAAAAAUUGCGAGUCGAGAGAGCUGUAGAUUUAAGCCGAAAAUUGCGUAGAAAAGAAUUAUUAAAGGAAAGAGAAAAAUUAAGACAGUCUAAUGAGAGAAAGGAGGGGACAAAAUAUAGGUCAAAUUGUGCAAUUGCUUUAAAAAAUGAUGCAAACGAGAUGAAAUUUACUGGUGAAAAGUCACAUUCCGUUGUUUAUUUCGAUUUAGAAACAUCAGGGUUAGCUAAAACAGAUGAAAUUUUACAAAUUGGAGCAAUAUUUGAAAAUUUUCAAUUUUGCGAGUACAUAACACCGACUAAAAACAUAUCCCAUUCUGCAUCACAAAUAACUGGGUUGACUACAAAAAAAGGGCAUUUAUUCAAAGAUAAUAAAGAAAUAUUGACUGUCAAUUUGAAAGAUGCACUAUUGUCAUUUCAUCAAUUUCUGUGUUUAUCAGGUAAACCGGUAUUACUUGUAGCACAUAAUGCUAAGUUCGAUGCUUCUCACUUAAUCGGAGCUAUUACUAAUUGCAAUUUACAACAGCAAUUUAGUAAUGUCAUUGGAUUUACGGACAGUAUUGCUGUUUUGAAAAAGCAUUUUCCUGACAGAAAAGGUGCAGGUAUGUUUAAAUUGGGGACACUAGCUGAAGAUCUUUUAGAAUUGACAUCAGACACGAGUUUUCAUGACGCAUUAUUUGACGUUGAAGUUUUGAAGAAAUUAAUAGAUUCCAUCGAUAAGGAAAAUGAACUGUUGCAUUUCAGGAAAAAUUAUGAUACUUAUUUACAAGAACAUUUGGAUUGUAAUAAAUUAAAAGAAAAUUUGGACAGCUUGGUUCCUUUCAAAAGUAUUGUAUCGCAAUCUUUAAUAAAAAAAUGGCUAGAGCAUCCUUAA